UUAUUCAAUAUGAGUAUUUAAGUACAUAAAAACCAAUUGUACUUACAUAUUUACUAAUAUUAACUACCUAAAGCAAAACAAAACCCUCACAGAGAUUAUGUCUAUUUCAAUAUAGACAAAUGACUUGAAAAAUUAUUACACUUAUCUCAAGGAAAAGGAAUGCUGUGAGAUUGUCCUCUCACAAAAGAAAUGCAGAGAAUGUCCCUCAGGGCAAGACACUGAUGACUAAGAGUCUCUGUGAAAUUGUAAAGCCUAAUGGGAGCCCCAAAGAGAGGCUGGUAGGAGGUGAGAUCAUGUGGGUGUGGAAUGGAGGCUUCAACAAUUCAACAGUUAUCAUGCUUUGGACCUGUCACCCUCCUAUACCUGCUAUCUGCCUGUCCAGAUUUCAUUCAUCCCCCUCCUUUAGCAGUUGUACCCACAGGAAGUACAAUGACAUGUAAACAUAUAUGUAUAGAUAUGUUUAUGCAUGUGUACUUGUGUGCAUGAGUGUGUAGAUGUUCCUGUGGGCAGGAGGGUGGGUCUAUUUAUGCAUAUGAGAGUGAGCAAGUACAUGUGUGCCCCCUGUGUGUGACUGUGUGUGCCUGUCAGAACCAGUGCCUUGGGUGUGUGACCCUUGUGGUCACACAGGGGUCAUGGAUUUAAGAAUGUCCAAACUGGGGGCUGGAGAGAUGGUUCAGAGGUUAAGAGCACUGGCUGCUUGCUCUUCCAGGGGUCCUGAGUUCAAUUCCCAACAACCACAUGGUGGUUCACUACCAUCCAUAAUGAGCUCUGGUGCCAUGUUAUGGCAUGCAGGCAGACCACUGUAUACAUAGUAAAUAAAUCUAAACAAACAAACAAAAGAAUGUUCAUACUUGACUUAAUGCUCACUAUCUUGAAAUUUUUAAUAUUUUUUUCAGCAAGGGUCCUUGGAAAUUCUACAGCAUUCACACUUAUGUGUGUAGUUGAGAGUAUCGCCAUGUGUAUGUGCAAAUGCAUGUGUAAAGAUAAGUGCUGUGCUGCAUGUUUACUUCUGGGGCUCUCAGGAAACUCAGAGGUGCCAUGACUCCAGUAGGUUUAAGAGCUCCUGGUGAUUUUUAUAUUUACAGAUGUUGAACAGUUGGGGAAAAGGACUGUCACAUGUCACAAUCACUCACACAGUUCAAGUAAGUGCCCAUUUGUGGUCCCAAAGUUCUCUUUUCCAUCAUAUCAGAAUACUUGUCAUCCACACUACAAGUGUUCAUUUGCUUCUCUAUAUCCUUCAUUAAUAAGUUAAGUUCUAUGAAAGCAGAAACCAGACUCAUUUACCUAGUAUCUUUAGCAGUUAGCACAGUAACCAACUUAGAGAUGGACAGUAAACAUUUAUUAAAUAAACAUUUCUUUCACUGGUCAAUUUCUAUUGUUUUAACAAUAUACCUUACACUGGUUUAUAUAUAAAGAAAUUCUUCUUCAGUUUACAGUUUAGGAGACUGGAGGUCUCCCAGAUUGGGCAGCCUCAUCUGGUCAACCUCUGGUGCAGGUUUCCUUGUUAUAUCACAGUAUGGCAGAAAGCAACAUAAAAGGAGGAAUACACAGUCAUAUGGCAAGACAGGGAGUCAGAGAGAUUCGAGGGCAAGGAUCCCCCUCUUUUAUGACAACCUGCUAUUGCAGGAACUGGGGUCCAAAAAGAACUUAUUAAUGUCUUCCAUGGUAGUGCCCCAUUGCAUAACCACCAGUAGGCCCUACCUCAAACCAUGAUAGUAGGUGAUCAGUAUUCCAUAAACAGUACACACUCAAACCAAAUGAAAUCAUAGCACAGUCUUCCUUCCAACACAUAAACUCUUUUUGUUUUAUCACAGAGCUUUGGCACUUGGCAUUGGAUCAGGUUAUUCUAUACCAUCAGAUCAGACCACUCAAAAGUUAUCCUUGAUUGAGCACAAUCUAUAUUCUUUACAGAGCCGUAUUCCUGGUAUGUUUGAUGACUACAGCUAUGACUCCACUGCUUCCACAGAUGACUACAUGAAUUUCAACUUCAGUAGUAGCUUCUUCUGUAAGAAAAACAAUGUCAGGCAGUUUGCAAGCCAUUUCCUUCCACCUCUGUACUGGCUUGUGUUCAUUGUGGGUACCCUGGGCAAUAGCCUGGUUAUCCUUGUCUACUGGUAUUGCACGAGAGUGAAGACCAUGACUGACAUGUUCCUUUUGAAUUUGGCAAUUGCUGAUCUGCUCUUUCUUGCUACUCUUCCCUUUUGGGCUAUUGCUGCUGCUGGCCAGUGGACAUUCCAGACCUUCCUGUGCAAGGUUGUGAACAGCAUGUACAAGAUGAACUUCUACAGCUGUGUGCUACUCAUCAUGUGUAUCAGUGUGGACAGAUACAUUGCCAUUGUACAGGCCAUGAAGGCUCAGAUCUGGAGGCAGAAAAGGCUGCUGUACAGCAAGAUGGUCUGUAUUACUAUCUGGGUGAUGGCAGCUGUGCUCUGCACCCCAGAAAUCCUGUACAGCCAAAUCAGUGGGGAAUCUGGCAUUGCCAUCUGUACCAUGGUCUACCCUAAGGAUAAGAAUGCCAAGCUGAAAUCAGCUGUCUUGAUCUUGAAGGUCACCUUGGGGUUUUUCCUUCCCUUUAUGGUCAUGGCCUUCUGCUACACUAUCAUCAUUCAUACCCUGGUACAGGCCAAGAAGUCAUCCAAGCACAAAGCCCUAAAGGUGACCAUCACUGUCCUUACUGUCUUCAUUAUGUCUCAGUUCCCCUACAACUCCAUUCUUGUAGUGCAGGCUGUUGAUGCCUACACCAUGUUUAUCUCCAAUUGCACUAUUUCCACCAAUAUUGACAUCUUCUUCCAGGUCACUCAGACCAUUGCAUUCUUCCACAGUUGCCUGAACCCAGUUCUCUAUGUUUUUGUGGGUGAGAGAUUCCGCCGGGAUCUCAUGAAGACCCUGAAGAACUUGGGAUGCAUUAGCCAGGCCCAGUGGGUUUCAUUCACAAGAAGAGAGGGUAGUUUGAAGCUUUCUUCCAUGCUACUGGAGACAACUUCGGGGGCUCUCUCCCUCUGAAAGAACUUCUCACUGAGGCCGAUGGUCCUUUUGGAAAUAAUGAGAUACAUAGAUGCAACAUAGUCUCCUCACUGAUAAGACUAAACAGAAAGUAAAUAAUAAGUAAAUGAGAAAACAAAACAAACUAGGAUGAGCCUAAACAGCUUUAUCAAACUCAGUCAUGAUAUGCCAAACAAAGUUUUCAAAACUGACCACACCAGAAGGGCACCAGCUAGUUUUUUUGGUUGUAGUAACUGCAAUUCUUUGGAGGCUACUUGAGCAGCAGUGAGGGCACCCGAGCCAUACACAUUCUGACCAUCAGUGCAGCUGGGUUCUUGAGUUUCUACAGUGCUCCACAUUUCUGUUACUUCAGAUCUGAUGCUACUCCUCCCCAGAGGUGGCAGAGCAUUGGCCACUGCCAUAGUCCAUAAAAGCAAGGCUUAGUGACAUUUCCCACCUUGGGAUAUUUUCUCAUUAGUCCCAUUGGUGGGAAGACUGUGUUUGUGUAUCUCAUUACUUACAGUUUUUUAAAUCUAGAACACACCCAAACAAUCUGAGGUUGAAUACCCUUCUGGUUUCCUUGGUCUCUUCUGGGCCAAGGAGAACCAUUGUUCCUAUUUUGAGCCAUUUGUAAGACAGGUUGGUUGGCCCAUGCACAGCUGACCACAUCACAACAUCAACUGGAGUCUGUUGCUCUCAGCCUACUUCUGUGUCUUGCUGGAGAUGCCUUGUCCAAAUCUAAGCUGCAGGCUCGAUCUAGGAAGGGAUCUAGCCUGUUCCCUGGUGUGAUAAAGUGGCCCUCAUAGACUAAGUCUGAGAAUAUAUUUGGAUAAUGGGGACCUAGCAUUGGCUCUGUUGGGACUUCUUCAGGGGAGAGGCACUUGCUGCAGGUUCUCCCAUCUUCUCCCUGUCAGUGACAUGCCCUUUCCUUCUGAGGCUUCCAGAAGGGUGUCUGCCUCUCUGCUGCCUUUCCUUACUCUGUAGCGCCAACAGCUUACAAAAUUUUAACUUUAGAGAGAUUAAGAAAAAUAUGUAAUAUAAUUCACUUUCCACCUAUGUUUUUAACUACUUUUCAAAUUUCUCACAUUGGAAAAAAUCAUUGCAUAUCCUGGAAAAGUGCUUUAUAAUGUAUAUUUUAAAAUGUCUAUCACUUGCCAUUUGUUUAUACCCUUUCUUAAUAUUAUAUUUGUGGGCAAUUAAAUAUCAGACAGAAAUACAGUAAUUGUAAAGGGUAAGACUGUGGUAAACCUUUACUUGUUUGGAUUGCCCAUGUAACCAACUUUUACAACAUAAUGCAGAGUUAUAAUCUCAAGCUUUAUAUUCUUCUAUACCCCUGACCUGAGUAAUGCAUGAAUGAUUGCAUGUUUGUAAUAAUAAUCAUUUGCUGAAAACAACAAAAAUAGAAUAUCUGCCAUAAAUUCUGAACACAACAUAUGGACUGUUAAACAAUGAUGUUUGCUGUAUACUGUUUGUUAUCUGGGUCAGCUGGAGUCUAUGACUUCCCUUAUAAAACUCUGUUAUAGCUGGGCAGUGGUGGUGCACGCCUUUAAUCCCAACUUGGAAGGCAGAGCCAGGCAGAUCUCUGUGAGUCUGAGGCCAGCCUGGUCUACAGAGUGAGAUCCAGGAUAGGCACCAAAACUACACAGAGAAACCCUGUCUCG